GGGUUCAUGUGACCGACAGUUCUGUUGUGCUCGCUUCGAGGCGCCGAGGCUGCGGGAGAAGCUCGUGCGGACGAGGCCGAGCAGGAGGUAAUCGAGGACGAUGGAUUCGUUGCGGGCCGAGGUGGUCGUCUGUGUCGAUGUUCGGGCUCUGGCUUCGUCGGCCGUGCCGCUUCUGCUGCUGCUGCUGACCUGACUGCCGAGCGUAGUGGAGUGGAGGAGAGGAUAGAGAGAAGGGGAGGGGAGGGGAGGGGAGUGGUGGCGGAUGUCGGAGGAGAUUGAUUGCGCUUCUUGCUCUGCGGUCGUCAAAACGGGGAUGCAGUGAUACCGAUUUCGUCGAGGAGAAUGAAAAGAUGGUUAGGGCCAGGCGGGGAUGUUCGAAGCGGGGGUUUGCGAGGCGCAAGCAGCGAGUAGAGCAGCAGCAGCAGGAGCGCCGGGCAGGAGGACCUGCGGUUGGCGGUCGCGCAAGCUUACAGAUUGGUGAUUCCGAACCUACAUGUGGUUAUCUACAACCACCUCAAGGAGCCGUAAGCCGGACCGAGGGAGAGGAGGAGGAGGAGGAGGAGGGAGAAGAUGACGGAGGUGAAGCGCAGGAAGAUUGGCGAGCGCAGGACUAGUGCGCAGAGGCUGAAGAGGGUGCUGGCGGAGACGACGCCCAAGCACCUGGAGCAGCUGACGAAGCAGGCUCGAGCUUUGGCAGGCGAGGACGAAUGCGAGAAGGUGUGCCUGAAUGACAUUCACGCCAGGCUGUCGGGGCUCAAAGUCAGGCACGAGCUCUUGCGAGCGACUCUGACUUUCGCCAAGGGGAAUGGAUUUCACGAGAGGCUGCUCUCGGAGGUCGGGCAGGCGGCAGCGUAUGAACUGGAUAGCGAUUCUUGGAACGACGACAUCAUAGCAGCGCUUCAAGAGAGGGGCCGAGGGCUCAGCCUCUCGCAGCAGAGCGACGAUUUCGCGGAUUCUUGCCUGCAAGACCCCAGCGACAUGGGCGACGAGGGCGCCAUAUCGUAUCAAAUUGGGGGUAAAGUGAUUUCGAGCAUGACGGGAGGGCGUAUCUGCAUUCGAUUCGACACAUCGUAUGCCGGGCAGCAUUUCGAGAGCUACUUCUGCGUUCUGGCCUGCAAAGCGUCGUCGGAACGGCUUCAUGUGAGUGAGCAUUCGAUUCCGUUCUUCCUUCCGCUGCGGGAGGUGGAGAAGUCCAACCUCUCCUCGAGCUGUACGAAAUUUAUCGAUUGCCUGAGCGAUGUUCUGCAAGCGUACGUGUCCAGGAGGGAGCAGGUGAAUCAGUUGAGGCUCAUCAAAGGCGACCAGAUCCGCGAGCUCUAUCACAGCCUGUCGUAUAAUCUGAUCGAACUGCUGCUCGAGGAAGCCUACUGGAAAGUUGGGGUCAGUCUCGCGUACGACAAUCCCAAGUCAGAGCUCCCCACUCGAAGUGUGGUCAUGGCAUGGCCGCAUUCGGUCGAUGCGCUUCCCAGAGAACCUCCGAUGGCCGUUCAGUCUGUCACGGCCCACCGCCUUCUGCGAGCCGAAGGUGCUCUACGAGAUCUGCUUUUGCCCAUGGGCUACGAAAAGAUCGUCGCAGACCUCCAAGAAACCAUCGCUCGGGGCAUCUAUUGGGAAGAGGACCAGUAGCUCGUGUGCAUCAAGUCUACCGCAUUGGCCCUUGAUGAGCAGCAGUCCUCGUCCUCGUCAAGGUCGUCAGUUUCUCCAUGUGCUUCGUGUCUGCCGAUGACUGUAACUGGAUGGGGCGACGCUCAUCAUCACAAGUUGCAGUGUCUCCGUCGCGGCGAAGUCACGGAGAUAUUCAAGACUUGUUCAAGUCGCUCGCAGCAACGCUACGAUAGAACACAACGAUUUCAAGGUUUUUCAGUAGUCGAAGAUCCGUCAUCUGUCGUAGGGAAGCUGGCCGGCUGGCGGCCCCGAGGACAAGACUGAUUUUGAACUUGGACAACUUCAAGGUAAUUAUCGAACAUCCAAGAAGUGAAAGUCACUCGUGCGCUGUUCUUUCUAGGGUCCAUCGGUCUGCAUGCUACUCUAGGAUGGCACAGCUUCGGGUGAGGUUUGUAAGGAGGGCUAAAUCCGGCUCUCCGUGAGAAACAUAUGAAAUUACGAUACCACGUUCAUUUGGGAGGUUGCAUCGAGACCAGGACGAGGGUCUGAGGUUGUUUCCUGAACGAGUGGUUUUAAGGUCGUUGAUGGAGCAGGAAUGCAGAUCUAGAACAGGUCUUAGUGCUUCUUUCGGGGCUAUCCUGCUGAUCCUGUUGGGGGCCCAAUGGACGGUUACUAGUUACAGAGAAUAGGAGUAGAGAAAACUCAAGAACAUCAUACUGAUAUCUGGACCACUGGUUUAGCGUAUCCGACGAACUUGGAGUGAUCUCAUUUGGUCCCGGUCGGGAAGCUACUGAUUGGGUAAUGAAAACAAGUUUUUAUUUGAGGGUGGAAGAUCUGUUUGACUUUCAUCGACCGGGUGGUCUUAUUGCCAAACAGCUUGUAAGUAUUGUGUCUGGCCU